AAAGUAAGUCAACCAAAAAAAUGAAAAAUGUAUGAAAACUUCAUAUUUUAGGCACUUCGUAUCUAAUUUCUUUACCACUUAUUUAUUUGUCGCUAAAUAAAUUCUCAAAAUUUCAUAUCAAAUCAAUUUAUCAAAAAUGGGGUGUUGUGGAGAUGAAGAGGAAGACAACCUCCUCCACCAACCCCUUAUCUCAUCACCUUCACCGGAAAAUCUCGAAACCACCGUAGAAUCCACCAUUUCUCCGAUGAAUUCACACUUCUCCGCUUUAAUUUGCCGCGACAUCCUCCAAAUCAUCUUCCAGAAGCUUCCGAUCGCCGACAUAGCUCGCGCUGCCUGCGUUUGCAGGACUUGGAGUUCCGUCGCUUCUGAUAGGGAUAUUCAAACGGCGUCGUUUAGGGCGCCUUGGAAAUUGCAGGACAUUGUCGGUGAUCCGAUUUCUGGAAGUUUCUGGAGAGAUAAUAGUUUGAGUAAGUUCGCUAUUUCUCAUCGUAUUCGUAGUGGUGAUUCUGUUGCUAGCCUCGCUGUCAAGUACUCUGUUCAGGUUAUGGACAUAAAACGACUGAACAAUAUGAUGAGCGACCAUGGCAUAUAUUCACGGGAAAGGUUGCUCAUUCCUUUGAGCAAUCCAGACAUCCUUAUCAACAGUACAUGCUACAUAGAGCUUGAUGUGUAUGCAAAUAGAGAAGCAGCAGUCUUGUAUCUGGAGGGAGGUCCACCUGAGAAUAAGUUUAGCUGCUCAACUAGUAGAGCAACCUCAGAACUGGCUAAGAAAAGAGUGAUCGAAUCUGUUAGGAGGAGCCUGCAGGUUGAUGAUGAGAUUGCUCGGUACUAUCUAUCUAUAACUGAUGGAGAUCCACGAUCUGCACUCUCCGAAUUCUCUGAGGACCUUUGCUGGGAAAGGCAGACAGGUCUAGCCUAGUCGAACCUUCAAACAGAAAGCUAGCCAUUGGUAGAGCAGAAGGCUUGGUCACAUUUCAUUUGAAGCCUUAUUUGUAAGAUCUGUGUGAUUCUAUUCUGAUUUUCAGACCUUGAAACGCUACUCGCAAAUUCAAUUUACAAUAAUUCCCAUAGUCAUUGCUGCGCGAAUCUGUUUGUCUACGACCAGCUCUAAAUGGCAAGUAGAUAUCAUAUUACUCGAGUUUGUAAGUUUAUUAGUCUGUAAAUUGUAAGCUUCUAGUAAAUUAAGCUGGCUUUGUCACACAAAAUAACAUACUAUGAUAAGGCCAAACAAUUAUUCUGUAUAGUGUAUGCAUUUACUUUCGUACUAAAUAAGCAGUAAUUUGGUUGUAUUUGUUGCCUAGAAACUGUAAAAUUUUAGAUCUGGAAUUGUGUGAAAUCUGGGUUAAUUCUUA